AGUGCAUUUAUUUUUAUCUGUUCGCUUGUUUGUACAUGUGUGAUUAGUGAAAAGGCUUAUGUAAGUGUAUGAGAAUAGAAUGCGGAAUCAGAGAUGAUAAGUAUUUCAUUAUCCCACACAGUCUAGUAUAAUCAGCUAUCCAACACCUGCCUGUACCCAUUAUACUGCCAUAGCUGCCACGGACAAGAUGAUGUCCACCAUGGAAAGAUUCUGCCUUUUGUCUUUAUGGCUUCCGUUGAUGUUGCCUUCUGCCACGUCGCAGUGUCCUCCGAGUGGGCUUUAGAUCCAGAGUUGCUGACAGGCCCUAUGGCCGAUCAUGUUCGCGUUAUUCACAUUUCGAAAAAUCCGCUGCUGGAGGUUGCCGACCUGCGCCUGUUUGAGAACGUGAAGAGGCCCGACCUCAUGGUCACUAUGAUUGAGAACAAUUUCAAGACAAUCACUCCCCCUUCUAAGCCGAGUAAUAUCCCCUCGCUUAACCUAGGACGCAACGCCAUUGGCAGCGUGACUGGGAAUCUACAGGGAGUGAGGUACCUUUACUUGUAUGAGAACGGCUUGACUAAUAUUGAAUACGGUGCCCUAACUGCCUUGGACUCCCUGGUGGAUCUCGAACUCCACUCGAACGCUUUGGGCCCCGCACUGCCCCCGGGCGCCGUCGCUGUGCCCGCCACCCUCAUUUCAUUGACGCUGGACAGCAACGGCAUCUCGGAGAUUAUGCCCGAGGCGAUCACAGGUUUUUCCUCGAGUGCCUACCUCAGUCUCAGGUCGAAUAGCCUUAAGAGUUUCCCCGAAGAGACUUUCCGCCCUUUGCUGGAGCGCCUCGCCGAAGGAGGGGGACGUCUGGAUUUGUAUGGUAAUUUCGGGCUACCAUGCGAUUGCUCUAUCGUGUGGCUCUUCCUCACGCCGGGGGUCCUGGACGCCGUUGACCAGUACUACUGUGAGAACUUCCUGCCAAUCACAGACAUCGACUCAGAAGCGCUGAUCCAGUCCUGUUCGCGCGAACGGCGUUAGCCCAAGAUUUCCUGGUACAUGGUCACAGCCACGGUUUGCUUAGUGUCAGAAAUAAAAGUUUGCUCUUA